GUCCUUUCUCUGUCCACCAAUUGGUCAGAUUUGGCGAACAAAUGGGCAAAAGAGCGGGCGAUUGGUACGGCCCGGCGUCUGUCGCGCAUCUACUUAAGAUGGCCUUAAGUAAAGCGGCCGAAAGUAAUCCCAUUUUGAACAAUAUAUGCUGUUAUGUGGCUCAGGAUUGCACGGUUUACGUGAAGGAUGUGUUAACUCUGUGCACAUCUAACACAACGAUAAGCCGCGAAACUGUGAAUUUGAAACAAAAGAAAUUUACGAAAAACAAUGAAGAGGUUAAACGAAAGUAUAGUUUUUCGUCACAAAACGACUCCGAUAUAGAAGUGGGUGUUAUUGCGGGCGAAGACCUCUGUUCUUACGAGAGUUCAAUGGAAUCGAUUGCGAAGAACAGAAAGCCUUCGCUCUUGAGU